UGCGCGCGCUCUACGUUACAGAGUGACGCAGCGGAAGCACCGGCGCGUGCAGCGGACCAUAACAAGAAGAAAAAAAAAACAACAAAACCCCCGCACGUCUUAUAGAAAUAUCAUCAAGACAGAGAACUGGAUUUUCUAUUGUACCGAGGACGUUCGUUGCUGCACAGCUGUACCGACUUGACUACCUACGGCUAUCGUAGCUAUUAUGGCCAGGACGAUGUCUCAUAUUAUCCUGAAGUAAAAUAGAAACAAGAAAAGUGAUUGAAAAGCUAUGACGCUAGAAGACAUUUUGGACUAGUGCCCAUAAAGAAGUAACGUGAGCAGCUGGCUUGGAUUACAUCGUCAUGAUGGUCCUGUUUCUGGUGGCAACACAUCUUAUAUCAAACAGUUCCUCACAUGCGAACUGGACUGCAGAGCCUCCUGCUCCUCAGGGUUCCCACAUCCUACCUGCUGCUCUUGUCAUAUCUCUCCUACUUAUCAUCUUCAUCCUCCUCACAGUCUACCUGCUCAGGUUCAGGCACCAAAGGAAGGAUCUUGUCACUUCGGUUGACAAAAAGCUACCUAAUGGCUUCCUGGAGGACCAAGAACAAACAGUGGUGCUCCUCCCCAGAUCUCCAUCUCCAUCAAAGCAUUACUUCCCGAUCCCGCUGGACUCUCUGGAGGAAGAGUACCGCCUGCGCAUGGCAGAUGAUGGCAAGCUGUUCAGAGAGGAAUUUAAUUCUUUGCCGUGCGGGUUCGGCCGUGGUACGUUCGAGGAAGCGAGCAGAGAAGAGAACAGAGAAAAGAACAGAUAUCCGAACAUACUGCCCUAUGAUCACUCCAGAGUGUUGCUUUCACACAUAGACGCCCGUAUGUGCUCAGACUACAUUAAUGCUUCGUACAUAGAUGGAUACAAAGAAAAGAACAAAUUCAUUGCCACUCAAGGUCCGAAACCAGAGACAGUAGCUGAUUUCUGGAGAAUGGUUUGGGAACACAGAUCUGCCACUAUAGUCAUGUUGACUAAUAUACGGGAGAGAAAAGAGGAGAAAUGCUGUCAGUACUGGCCGGAGCAGGGCUGCUGGCUGUACGGAUGUGUGAGGGUGUCCGUAGAGGAUGUAACAGUGCUGGUCGACUACACUAUCAGAAAGUUCUGUGUGCAAUAUCAAGCUCCAGAUGGCUGCAGAUCCCCGAGGUUGGUCACCCAGCUCCACUUCACCAGCUGGCCUGAUUUUGGUGUGCCACUCUCCCCUAUUGGUAUGCUCAAGUUUCUCAAGAAAGUCAAGAGUGUCAACCCAGCACACGCCGGACCCAUAAUAGUUCACUGCAGUGCUGGGGUUGGAAGAACCGGGACAUUCAUUGUGAUCGACGCCAUGAUGAAUAUGAUGCAUGCCGAGGGCAGAGUGGACGUCUUCAGCUUUGUGUCCCGGAUACGAAACCAGCGCUGCCAGCUUGUACAGACAGACAUGCAGUACUCGUUUAUUUAUCAAGCUUUGCUGGAGCAUUACCUGUACGGUGACACCGAGUUGGACGUUUCCUCACUGGAACGCCACCUACACAGACUCCACAGCACGCACAUACACAUGGACAGAGUGGGGCUCGAAGAGGAAUUCAGAAAACUGACUAAUGUUCGAAUUAUGAAGGAAAACAUGAGAACCGGGAAUCUGUCGGCUAACAUGCGGAAGAAUAGAGUGCUGCAGAUUAUUCCGUAUGAUUUCAACAGGGUAAUAUUAUCUGUGAAAAGAGGUCAAGAAUUCACCGAUUACAUAAAUGCAUCUUUUAUAGAUGGUUACAGGCAAAAGGAUUACUUCAUAGCUACCCAGGGCCCGUUAGCACACACUGUGCAGGACUUCUGGCGCAUGGUGUGGGAAUGGAAGUGUCACUCUAUCGUCAUGCUAACUGAGCUAAAGGAGAGAGAACAGGAGAAAUGUGUGCGUUACUGGCCUGCAGAGGGCAACAUUUCAUUCGGAGAAUACAACGUGGAGUUGAAAAGAGACACACUGUACGAGACGUUUAGCCUCCGAGAUUUGCUGCUGACGUACACGUCGGAGAAGCAAUCUCGCCUGGUCAGACAUUUUCACUUCCAUGGCUGGCCGGAGAUUGGAAUCCCAUCAGACGGAAAAGGAAUGAUCGAUCUGAUUGCUGCAGUGCAGAAACAACAACAGCAAUCUGGCAACCACCCCAUAGUGGUGCACUGCAGUGCUGGUGCAGGCCGGACUGGAACGUUCAUUGCCCUCAGUAAUAUUCUGGAGCGCGUUAAAGCUGAGGGCUUACUGGACGUGUUCCAGACUGUGAAGAGUUUACGCACCCAGAGACCACACAUGGUCCAAACUGUGGAACAGUAUGAUUUCUGCUACAAAGUGGUACAAGAUUUUGUAGAUAUUUUCUCAGACUAUGCUAAUUUCAAAUAAUGAAUUUUCCUUUCAUCACUUCUGAUAAAACAUUCAAGUUUGUCCUGCUUUCAGUUAGAAGAAACUCCUGCUAUGGGUUCAUAAUGCUCUAUGCACUUGACCUUUCUCUUGUUAAGUAUUGAAAUAAUUGCAGUUAGAACUAAGUCUUUUUUUUUUUGUACGUAAGCAAGUCCUCAUUUGUGUAACCACAUGAAGAUGAUACAAAGCAUUUGCAUUUAGAUUGUUGUAUCUUUGUACUUUGUUGAAUACUGAAAUUGUUUUAUUUAUAUAUUUUGGGUACAAGGCUAUAUAUUUUUGUUUGUACAUUGCCCGCUAAGGUUUUUAUUUUAUGUUGGUAUUAUUAUUAUUAUUAUUAUUAUUAUUAUUAUUAUUAUUAUUAUUUAAAAGGGAGCUAAGUGCUAAGAAUGUAUUGUAUGUAUUAUUUUGUAAAAUGUUUUACACUGCUAUUCUCUAAGAUGAGGUCCAUUUAACAAGUAUUCACUUGCAGUUAAAAAUAUUAAUUUAUUUGACAAAAAAAGGGACAUUUAAAUUUAGAACAUUCAUUUUGGUGAUUUGGAACGAAAUCCCCCAUACACAGACAGAUUCAUAAGUAUUUGGACAGCGACACAAUUUUUAAAAUAAUUUUUCCUCCACCACAAUGGGUUUGAAAUGAAGCAAUCAAGAUGCGAUUUAAGUGCAAACUUUCAGGUUUAAUUCAGGGGGCUUAACAAAAAAAUAUUACAUUAACCAUUUAGGAACAUACAGCCACUUUUAUUUUAUUUUACAGAGUCCCUAAAUUUUCACAGGCUCAAAAGUAAUUGUUGCUUUUGUUGUACAUUUUAGGCCAUUAUCUAUAUGUAGUGUGAAGCUCCAUCCUAACAGAUUUGCAGCAUUUGACUGAACCUGAGCAGAAAGUAUAGCUUUAUGCACUUCAGAAUUCAUCCUGCUACUUGUAUUAACAGUCACAUCAUCAAUACACACCAGUGACCCAGUUCCAUUAGAGGCCAUACACGCCCAUUGUUUUUUCGGCCUAAUGAUGGCCUCCUUCACUUGUGUCAACACCUUUUUUUUCAUAUUGAGAGUUCCCACGAACAGCUACCAAAUGCAAAUUCAAUGCUUGGAAUCAACUCCAGACCUUUAAUCUCCUUAAUUUGUCAUGAAAUAAUGAGAAAACAGGCCACACCUGACCAUGAAACUGCUUAUCAAGUCAAUUGUCCAAUUACUUUUGAGCCUGUGAAAAAUGGAGGGACUCUGUAAAUGGCUGUAAUUCUUAAACAGUUAAUGCCACCUUGAAUUAAAGCUGAAAGUCUACACUUCGAUCACAUCUCGAUUGCUUCAUUUCCAAUCCAUUGUGGUAGUGUACAAAGGUAAAAUUAUGAUUUUUUUUAAACAAAACUUAUGGACCUGACUGUGUUCGUCAUUUUAUAUAUAUAUAUAUAUAUAUAUAUAUAUAUAUAUAUAUAUAUAUAUAUAUAUAUAGGAUAUAAAAAGAUAUAAAAAGAUAUAAACCACAAGUUCCAUAAUUAACAAUUCAGUUUCAAUGGCAAGCCUAGAAAUGAAGUUGGAUUCAGGUAUGCUUGUAAAAUGGCUGCCAACAUUAGGCUGGAAUUUCUGCUGCCAAAAGUGGAGCCAUUGCAACCAAGCAGACGCCGCUAUAAUUAUAUUUUAUUUUGGGGCUACAUUUGCUAUGACCAGAUGUCCUUGUAAAAGGCAUUUGACUGUGAUUACAGUAGGUAAAGUGUAGACAAUAUAAUAGACUAAUUUAUUAGACUUUUUAUAAUCACAGCAAAACUGUGUACUCGUGGGUGGGAUGCUUCCUCAAGUCCACAGUAUUGCAGACCUGCUGUAAUAGAAAUUUUCCUGACAGUAUUAAUCUGGGAGGCUUUUAGAUAUUUUGAGAAGUAUAUGAAGAGAAAUGGAAAGGGACGACUUCUAAAACUCUUUGUAGAUGCACAAUUAAUUUUGGAAUUACUUUGCUUUUAGAUGCCUGAGGCGAAUUUUAACAAAUCAGAUGGCUACUUGCUUAUAGAUAGAUGUUAAAUCCUGAAGGGUGUUUUAGAGGGAAUUAUUGGUCAUGUGAUGGUGAAGGUAGUGAUUGCAUAUUUACAAAGUCUGGGCAAAUAGGUUGAUUAUUCCACCCAGUCCGUAUUCUGUUUUAAUUUGAAUGAGCAGUAAUUGAAUGGUAGGCUGCUUGGAGAAUAUUAACUACAUUAUACAUAGCUAAUUAUCUAAUUACCUUAGCAUGUGAGAGAAUGGAGAGGAAAAAAAAGUCAUAAGAAAUUGGCAUGGACAUGGCAAAUGGCAGGAGAUGCAAGCAGACUUAUAUAAUACAAUGUCCUCUAAAGGUAUUUGAACUGUCAAAUUCAAAAUUGCUUUUCUGUUGUUUAUUCAAGCAGCUUGGAACUGCAACAGUAAAUCAAGUAUGAAGCAAAAGUAAAG